CACAUAACACAUUCUUCUUCUCUAUUUCAGCCUUUGACAACCUUUUACCCUUUCUGUUUGUUCCUUGUUCCUUCUCAACAUGGCUAACGACCAAAUGAAGCCCAUUGCCACCCUUCUUCUGGGUCUCAACUUCUGCAUGUAUGUCAUAGUUCUAGGCAUUGGUGGAUGGGCCAUGAACAGAGCCAUUGAUCAUGGCUUUGUCAUAGGUCCACGAUUUGAUCUACCAGCUCAUUUUUCACCCAUAUACUUCCCAAUGGGAAAUGCUGCCACUGGAUUCUUUGUAACAUUUGCUUUGAUUGCUGGAGUUGCUGGUGUUGGAUCAUUAAUCACAGGACUCAAUCAUGUCCGUUCAUGGACUUCUGAGACCUUACCAUCUGCAGCUUCAGUGGCUUCCAUUGCAUGGGCUCUCACUGUUCUUGCCAUGGGUUUCGCUUGCAAAGAAAUUCAGCUUAACGUCAGAAAUUCUCGCCUGAAAACAAUGGAGGCUUUUAUGAUUAUACUUUCUGCUACACAGCUUUUCUACAUAGCAGCUAUCCAUGGUGCUGCUUCAAUCAGGAGAUAAAUUGGAGUGUUGAUGUGAAGUUGUGAUUGUCAUAGUUUGUUUAUUAUUUUUCUCCCCUCUGAUUUAUUCUUUUUUUCUUUUCAACACAGUUACAAACUGUGCGAUUUAUUAAUUACAUGAAUGGAUUUGUAUUGCGUAAUAAGAAUAAGUUGUGUACAAAAUUAUUAA